GUAAUGAGCUGGAGGAAGGGAGCCAAGCUGGAGUUUCUGCAGACAAACUGUCAGAGAAGAAUAGCCCGGGCGAUUUGGAAGUCUGAGCCAUGGACUUCCCUCAGCACAGCCAGUACGUCCUGGAGCAGCUGAACCAGCAGCGGCAGCUGGGGCUUCUGUGUGACUGCACCUUCGUGGUGGAUGGUGUUGACUUUAAGGCCCACAAAGCAGUGCUGGCAGCCUGCAGCGAGUACUUCAAGAUGCUCUUCGUGGACCAGAAGGACGUGGUACACCUAGACAUCAGUAACGCGGCAGGCUUGGGUCAGGUUCUGGAGUUCAUGUACACAGCCAAGCUGAGCCUGAGCCCAGAAAAUGUGGAUGAUGUGCUGGCCGUAGCCAGCUUCCUCCAGAUGCAGGACAUCAUCACAGCCUGCCAUGCACUCAAGUCACUCACCGAGCCAGCCAGCAGCCAUGGGGAAAAUGCAGAGUCUUCAGCCAUGGAAGGAGCAGAUAAGAGAGCCAAAGAGGAGAAAGCCGCAGCCGCUGCACUGAGCAGGCUGGACCAAGCGAGGAGCAGUGUGCCCACAGGCCUAGGCAGGGAGCCCAAAGAGGAGCGGGGUGGCCAGGCCAAGAGUGCAGCCAGCGGUGCGGAGCAGACGGAGAAGGCCGAUGUCCCCCGGGGACCCCGUCCUGUGGAGCUCAAGCCCGGCCCCACGAGCAGCAUGGCGGCCGCAGAAGCUGAGGCCGCCUUGUCGGAGAGCUCUGAGCAAGAAAUGGAGGUGGAGCCGGCCAGCAAAGGGGAAGAGCGCGCGGAGGAGGGGCCCGCGCCCGGCGCGGUGCAGCUGCAGGGAGCGCGGCCGCCGCUGGAGAACGGCGAGGGCGAGGGCCCGGAGGACACCGAGGGCUCGGCGGGCACGGACUCGGGGCAGGAGCUGGGCGCCGAGCCCCGGAGCCUGCGCUCGGGCACCUACGGGGACCGCACGGAGUCCAAGGCCUACGGCUCCGUCAUCCACAAGUGCGAGGACUGCGGGAAGGAGUUCACGCACACCGGCAACUUCAAGCGGCACAUCCGCAUCCACACCGGCGAGAAGCCCUUCUCCUGCCGCGAGUGCAGCAAGGCCUUCUCGGACCCCGCCGCCUGCAAGGCGCACGAGAAGACGCACAGCCCCCUGAAGCCCUACGGCUGCGAGGAGUGCGGCAAGAGCUACCGGCUCAUCAGCCUGCUGAACCUGCACAAGAAGCGGCACUCGGGCGAGGCCCGCUACCGCUGCGGCGACUGCGGCAAGCUCUUCACCACGUCCGGCAACCUCAAGCGCCACCAGCUGGUGCACAGCGGGGAGAAGCCGUACCAGUGCGACUACUGCGGCCGCUCCUUCUCCGACCCCACGUCCAAGAUGCGCCACCUGGAAACGCACGACACGGACAAGGAGCACAAGUGCCCGCACUGCGACAAGAAGUUCAACCAGGUGGGGAACCUCAAAGCACACCUGAAGAUCCACAUCGCCGACGGGCCCCUCAAGUGCCGGGAGUGCGGGAAGCAGUUCACCACCUCAGGGAACCUCAAGCGGCACCUGCGGAUCCACAGCGGGGAGAAGCCGUAUGUGUGCAUCCACUGCCAGCGGCAGUUCGCAGACCCCGGCGCGCUGCAGCGGCAUGUCCGGAUCCACACGGGAGAGAAGCCGUGCCAGUGCGUCAUCUGUGGCAAGGCCUUCACCCAGGCCAGCUCUCUCAUUGCCCACGUGCGUCAGCACACAGGGGAGAAGCCCUACGUCUGCGAGCGCUGCGGCAAGAGAUUUGUCCAGUCCAGCCAGUUGGCCAAUCACAUCCGGCAUCAUGACAACAUCCGCCCGCACAAAUGCAGCGUGUGCAGCAAGGCCUUUGUGAACGUGGGAGACCUGUCCAAGCACAUCAUCAUCCACACUGGAGAGAAGCCUUACCUCUGUGACAAGUGCGGCCGAGGGUUCAACCGCGUGGACAACCUGCGCUCCCAUGUGAAGACGGUGCACCAGGGCAAGGCGGGCAUCAAAAUCCUGGAGCCAGAAGAGGGUGGCGAGGUCAGCGUGGUCACUGUGGAUGACAUGGUCACGCUGGCCACGGAGGCACUGGCCGCAACCGCCGUCACUCAGCUCACAGUGGUGCCAGUGGGGGCUGCAGUGACGGCUGACGAGACGGAAGUACUUAAAGCGGAGAUCAGCAAGGCGGUGAAGCAAGUGCAGGAGGAAGACCCCAACACCCACAUCCUCUAUGCCUGUGACUCCUGUGGGGACAAAUUUCUGGAUGCCAACAGCCUGGCUCAGCAUGUUCGGAUCCACACGGCCCAGGCACUGGUCAUGUUCCAGACCGAUGCGGACUUCUACCAGCAGUACGGGCCAGGCAGCACCUGGCCGGCCGGGCAGGUGUUGCAGGCUGGGGACCUGGUCUUCCGCCCUCGGGAUGGGGCCGAGAGCCAGCCCGCACUGGCAGAGACCCCACCUGCAGCUUCUGAAUGCCCACCACCUGCUGAGUGAGCCGGUAGCCCUUCUGAGUUUAUUUAAGGAUGGAUGGCCCCCUCGAACUGAGAUGGGUGCCCCGCCCCCCCUUCCCUAGAGAAUAAAUUUGAUUAUUUUCUAA